CUGAUAGCCGUUAUUUGCCCAGAGUCAGGGAAGGAACGCACAGAGAAAGAGAGCUAAGGACUGCCUCCAACCUCUUCCCCUCUCUACCUCUGCCUCCUCUCAAAAAUGAGAUCCUGAGGAACAGCGGACUGUUUUUUGAGCCCACCCAUAUUUUUUUUUUUUUUUCGGGCUGUUCAUUCUCGGACUGUGAAGCGUGCUUUUCGCCGGGUUUUUUUCCGAUUUCUUUUCUCUUUGGCUAUAUCACUAGGAUAUCGGUGGUAUGUGCGUGCGUUUGUGCACGCGUGCCGUGCCAUGACCGCCACCGACAGUCCGGUGACUAGCGACAGGGGUUCACCAUGAAGGGGGGCCACCAUCACCGGGGCUGCGCCUGCCAGCACCUGUUCAGAAAAGUACUGGCAAAGUGCGGCUGCUGCUAUGCCAGGGUCAGAGAGUCAUAUUCCGUGGCAGGCAGCGAGGGCAGCAUCUCCACCUCCGUGGCCUCCCUGCCCCCCCAGGCCUCAGGUGGUUCCGACCCCGGCUCCCCUGGCUCCCGCCGUUCUGUCAGCACUCUGAAGAAGUGGCUCACAAAUCCGGUGCGCAAACUCAGUUCGGGGGCCAGUGGGGUGGGCAAAGGUGAGCGGCAGGUCCGCCGGCUGGAAGACAAGCCUCCGUCCCGCCUGCACAGCCUGGGGACCCCCGGGGAACAGGGGGAGCACUGUACCGCCCCUCCCACAGCAGACAAGGAGCUGGAAUGGAAAGACAGCUCAAGGCACCCUGACGACUCACAAGGGAACCCCCUGUGUGACAGCUACCUUUGUGAACUGCUGCAGACUGGGGACACGGAGUCCCUGACACAGCAAAACCAGGAAUCCUCCAAUCAGCUCACAGAUGAAGAUGGCUUUCCCAUGAUGGAUGAUGCAUCCAGCCAAUCAUCAACCGUACUGGACGCUGAAGAAGAGAAGAAGAGUGCCUUAGAAAAGAGCAUCUACGUGCUGAAGGAGCUGAUAGAGACGGAGAAGCUUUACGUGAACGACCUCGGGCUCAUUGUGGAGGGCUACAUUGCCACAAUGAAUGAGAAGGGAGUGCCGGACGACAUGAAGGGGAAGGAUAAGAUUGUGUUUGGAAACAUUCACCAGAUCUUUGACUGGCAUAAAGACUACUUCCUGGGGGAGCUGGAGAAGUGUGUGGCUGAGCCCGAGAGACUGGCGCAGCUUUUCAUCAAGCACGAGAGGCGCCUACACAUGUACGUGGUGUACUGUCAGAACAAGCCCAAGUCUGAGCACAUCGUGUCAGAGUACAUUGAGACUUACUUCGAAGAGCUGAGGCAGCAGCUCGGACACCGACUGCAGCUAAAUGAUCUGCUCAUCAAACCCGUGCAAAGGAUCAUGAAGUACCAGCUGCUGCUCAAGGACUUCCUAAAGUACUAUACAAAGGCUGGAAUGGACACGACAGAAUUAGAGAAAGCUGUGGAAGUGAUGUGCUUUGUACCCAAACGCUGCAAUGACAUGAUGAAUGUGGGAAGGCUACAAGGUUUUGAGGGAAAGAUCACAGCUCAAGGAAAAUUACUUCAGCAGGACACAUUUAUGGUAACUGAGCAAGACAACAGCUUCCUAUCUCGUGCCAAGGAGAGGAGGGUCUUCCUGUUUGAGCAGCUGGUCAUCUUCAGUGAGCCAAUAGACAGGAAAAAAGGCUUCUCUCUUCCAGGAUAUAUCUUCAAAAACAGCAUCAAGGUAAGCUGUCUUGGAGUGGAGAGCUGUGUCGACGGAGACCCCUGCCGUUUCGCAUUGACGUCCCGCGGGGCUGAUGGAAAUGCAGUGCGCUUCACCCUGCAGGCGGCCUCAGCUGAAAUCUCCAGGGCCUGGGUGAGCGACGUGGGCCAGAUCCUUGAGACGCAGCGCAACUUCCUGAACGCCCUGCAGUCACCUAUUGAGUACCAGCGGCGUGAAAGCAAGUCCAACAGUCUGGGCCGGGCCAUACGGGCCCCAGUACCCACCACAUCCCUACGACCCCACUCCUCCGCCUCUAUUGAUCGGCAGCGAAUGCCCUGUCUGCGCUCUUACAACACUUCCUUGCCCGCCCUUUACCUCCCCAGCCAGGGCCCUCCGGAGGGGGUCUCACUGCAAGAGGGUCCGUGCCGCUCUGUAGUAUCCAGUCUGAACAACCGGACAGUGUCUCCUGCCCAGAUCCACCUGGCCUUCCCUGAGCAGUCCGAUGCAAUCCCAGGAGUAUCCAAUGGGUUGUGUAACCCUGCAGACCCCAAUACACAGAGAGCUGAUGAAGGGUGUAUGAAAGCCAUCACAGGGGAUCUGGUGCCCUGCUCAUCUGGCCCAUCUGCGACCCAGUGGCCCAACAACCUGGCACAGCUCGACGAGGAUGACCUGUGAACACAUGGACUUUUCUGGGGGAGUGCGGAGCAGGUCCAACUCAGGAGCCCCAGAGUCUUAAUGUCUAUGCCAUCAUUAAUGUGGUUGUUAAAUGAUGUUACUCUUUUUGUCCAUGUUUUUUUCUACCUUUCAGAUUUUACUUACCACCAUUCUGACAUAAAUGACCAGAAGGUUAAA